AAAAAAAAAAAAAAAGAAAGAAAGAAAAUGAUGCCAAAAGAUUUAUUCAAAAUUAAACCAGCAUAUGACCCAAGCCAGUAGAUUCCCACAGACUCAGUUCCUUUUAAGAGAAUCCUACAUACGACUUUAAGGGUUAAAUCUGUUGUGUAAUUCCAUUUGGCUUUGGCAGAGCUCAAAGCGCCAGCAGAAGCCCUGCCUCAGCAGUUUAGCCUGCCCAAUAAAGCAGCAGGCUUCAUACCACUGGGACAGUCUGACAACCACAGCCAGAGACAAACCCAUGCCACUCUGUCCAGCAGCUGGGAGAGGUCCCAGCACAGGCACAGACACACACACACACACACACGGGGACAAAUGUGCCUCGACACAAAUUCACAAACACAUGCAUACAUACACAAAAAUAUGAAGCUCACAAAAAUAAACAUCAGCAUUUGGCCUUUACUCCAAGAUGCAAGAUGAGCAUUAUUCCUGGUGACUGAGGUGAUGGAAAUGCAUUUUCAGCAGUUUACUGUGUAUGCUUCUUAGAACUGCACACAAUGUGACACACACACACACACAAACCACGAGACUUGACCAUCACUUUGGAGUUCUGGGGGUUUUGGGCCACGGUCCAGGACACACUCGGAACACAGGAAAUGACAUUUCCUACGUUUUGCAGGACACACAAGAGAAAGAGAGUGAGAGAGACAGCCACAGGGAGAGGGAGGCAGAGAGUACUGGAAGAGAGUGGGAGUUUCUAAGUGGGAACAGAGCCUUUACUGUUUCAUAUUACACAGAAAAGAGGAGAAAGAGGAGAAGAGUUAAUGUGAUCCUUGUCCUGACUAAGGCUCUGGUCACAGAGGUAUGCCAUGCUCUUAAUGUGACAGUGACCCCUGGGCCUGUCGUCUUGGUAACAGAGAACGACAACCUGACACUGUCCUGUCUGGUGUCUCAAAGGAAGAGGACCACCAGUGUCCUGAUUCUUCGCUGGUUCUUCUCUCCCCUAACCGCUCCUACUCCUGUCCCUCCUGCUUCCCUUCCACCCAACUCUCCUCCCGUACUCGACCACCCGCAGUUUCUGAUUGUAAAGAUGGGCAUAAGGAAAAGGAAUCUGUAUGGGAACUACACCUACCGUUUCCCACAACCAAAGUUUCAUCUGCAUGAGAAAACGGAGGGAGAGGUGUACCAGUUGCGGAUUCUCAGCGUGACUGGGUCGGACCAGGGUUUUUACAGCUGUAAAGUUCAGGAGAUCCGCAAACACAGAGACAUAUGGAGAAUCACUUCCAAUGGUACCAGCACCACACAGCUGACAGUGCACUUUACACCCGAGGAUGGUAGCAGUGAAGGAUUGUGGCUUUUGUUUGCAGAUGUGUAUCUGUGCGCUGUGCUGAUCUGUUCACUGGGCCUGCUGUCCAUCUUCCUAUUCACUCUCGUCCUAAUCUGCCAGUACUUCUACAGAAGACACAGGCUCAAAUCCAGUUACCCUCUGGUCAAGUGUCCAGAAAGCAGCUCAGGAGAGACUGUAACAAGCUCUAGUAGUUGCUCCAGUUCCUCCCCAAGCGCACAAAGGAAAGACAUGAGACAGAAAACUGACCGAACACAAGCAGUAGCGCCACCUAAGCUACCUGAAGAGCCUCCACUGCACAUACCAGCCAAAGUGCCCGUUGCUGCAAAGAGACCUCGAAAGCCCAGAAGGUUGAAGACUCAGCCAAGGAGAUCUGCCACUCCUCGAAUAUCACAGGAAGAGAGCCUGACAUAUGCAGAGCUGGAGCUUGUCCGACCGAGACAGGAGCCCCCGGUCCCUUCCACCCCCGACCCCACACCCUCCAGCCCCGACACAGUCUAUGCUCAGAUCCUCUUCCAGGAGAAAUACCUGUAAACAUGUAAGCUUGGUACCUCCUGCAGAGAUCCAGCUCUCCGAUCGGAACAGUGUGGCAGCAGAAGGACUAUAUUUAUGAACUGUUAGUAUGACAUUUAGCAUUUGUUUUCUUUUUUGGAUGCAAGUAUGCCACAUGUGUGGGUAAAUGGGAGGCUUGUGCUUGCUGUGUUCAGUUCCAGUUCCAGCACAGCAGCUUUCAGGUCUCAUAACUUUGUUUCUUUGUUUGUUGGCAUCACUGGCCUGUGAGCCAGAUGUUUAUAGAAUGCUCUUACCGUUAACUAUUCUUUAUAAACUCAGGAGACUGUGUGGGAAGAAACUGUUGUCCAGGCUCUCUUACUGCAGUGUAAUAAGGCACUGUAAAAGUCAGUUUUUAAAUGCAUUUAUGAUUACAGUACUAAUACAUCAUAUUAAGAGAUGCUAAAGAGUACAGUGUUUGAUUUCUGUAAAUACAGUUUUUAAAUGCAGCUUUUCUCUAAAGAAGGGGUGGAUUCCACUUUGCUUACGAAUCUGGAAAUUUUAGACACAUAUACAAAGUGUGUUUUCAGAGAAUAAAAACAAUACAGCACAGUCUGACAAACAUAACAGGAAUGUUUGAUAAUCUUUCAAAGUUGGGAAAUUUCCUCUCUGCAUCUAAUGAUGAAAGUUACACAAUAUUGAAACCAUUCAACUGUCUCUAGGGUUUACAGAGAAUGGCUAAGAGAAAAAAAAAAGUUGAACAGCGCUUUUUGUGGUCAAAAUGUCUUAUUGUGGUUGGAGAACAGACAGACUGCUUCACACUAAGGUGUGCAGAAAAGCAUUUCUGUAUGUGCAACAUGCUGAAGCAGAGACCACACCGGGUGCCACUCCUGUUGGCUAUGAACAGGAAACUGAGGCUGCAAUUCAUAGGAGCUAACCAAAAUUGCACAAUAGAAGACUUGAAGAAAGUUGCCUGGCCUCAUGAGUCUCAAUUUGUCCUGCAACAUUUAGAUAGAAGAGUCAGAAUUUGGUGCAAAAAAGACUAAAGCAUGGCUUCAUCCUGUCUUGGAUCAAUGAUUCGAGUAUGAUGCUGCUGGUGUAAUGAGGAGGAUAUUUUCUUGUGUUGUUGCUGAGCAUGCCAAUGCCUUUAUGAUCACAGUGUACCCAUCUUCCGACAGCUGCUUCCAACAUGGUACAAAGAUCAAAUCAUCUCAAACUGGUUUCUUGAAAAUGACAAUGAGUCGACUGUACUCAAAUGACCUCCACAGUCACCAGAGUUCAACCCAACAGUGUACUUUGGGCAUGUGGUGAAACCGGAGAUUCUGGUCGUGGAUGUGCAGCUGACUGCGUGACGCUAUCAUGUCUGAGGAGAUUUUGGUCUAUAUUAACACGAUAGCAUGUAUAAGAUGAAACAUUUAAUAAACUGGUGUAAUAGAUCCAAUACUUUGCCACCUUCAGACAAAAGGCAGACCAACAGUUUCUAGUAUUUAUGCUAAGCUAACAAAUGUAUCAAUCUUCUCAUCUAUCAACAAUAAACAUGCAUGAUUCCUAAUAAAAUAGUAGAAAGAAUAGAAAGAGCACAAAGUGCCUCUAAUUUCAAAGUGUACUCACUGUGGCACAAGCAUAAAUAGCAAAUAUAAAUCUUAGAAGCAGCAGACAUAAAGCUCGGGGAAAGGUGAAGGGUGCAGGCCAUUUUGUGAAGGUCACUGUGAGAAAAAUGGGAUGAAGAUGGAGGAAGAGAAUGAUGCAAAUCCACACCUUUCCCUUGGUGAGUGGGAGAGAUUGAGAGAGACCAUCAUCCCCCACAGUUCAUACUCACUGACUAGAAUGAACCCACUAAUGACUACAUUUAUUCAAAUUAGACUAAUUGUAAUCAUGGUUAAUAAUUAGCUUUACAGUGCAUUAUAAUUGGGUUAGGCUACAAGAUGGUUCUGCCUAGGUGCAAUAAUUUAUUUGAUUUAAUUAUUCUGAGGAACCCAAUGGUUUGACAUUUCAUAUCAUAAAACCAGCGAUGUAGAGAGAAUGGAGAUAGCCGUUGUCUUUAGAGAAGGUCACUGCUAGCUCUCUGGGAAAAUUAUGAGGACCAUUUUCCACUCUAUUAAGCUACUCCACUUAGCACAAUUAGCCACACACACAAAGGUUAAAGAGAGAGACCUCUUCCUUUAUGAUAGAGAGGAGUGGCGCAUGUGCAUGAGAGAGCAAGUAGAAGACAGAAAGCAAACAAACCUCCACAAUCAACAGCCUAACAUGCCCACUUAUUCACUGGAGUGCAAGUGUGAUAAUGUAAGUGUUGCUAUUAGACUUUUCAUCUGCAAGUUGGGACGAGUUUCAUACCACAUCUUGUGAAAUUUGUCAGAUACUCUGUUUUUUUGGUGUCUAAAAGGGAAUAUCUUUGGGGAUAAAGAUAAAAACACACACAGACAAAGCUGUGUUAAUAAAACCCACACACAUUUAAAAUCGCCCAUUACAGACAUACUUAAUAUGAUCACAGAAAAUUUGAGGCGGGUAAGUGGUACAAAAAGGGCUGUCCAAAAAACCCUCAUAAAUACCGUAUUACAAAGCAAAAUGAAAGCACAUUGCUGGCUUUACUAUUUUGAGUUUCCCAAACUAUUCACAUCAAACUUUACAGCCUGAAAUUUUCUUGCCACAAACAUUUACCAGACCAAAAUAUUACAACGCUCACAUGAUUAAAUGCUGACUUAUUUGUCUCUUCACAACAGUGUUUGCUUGACUUGCAGUUUCUCUCAGAAAUGUUUAAGUGAAAAAGCUGCAUUUCUCAGGAACAGUUUAUGAAGCACGCAUACUCCUGGUCAACAUUCACACACUCCUUCUCAUGUUCAGUUUAACAGUGCCCAUUUCGACCACAGGCUUCUGCUGUGGGCCCUAGAAAGCUCUGCUUAAGCAGUAAGGGUCCAUUUAAAUGACUGUAUGAGUGUUUCUCUCAUACGAAUCCUUCCACCAACUCUGGAAAAA